GAUUCGAUUCGUUUGUAUUUUAUAACAUAACCUAACUUUAAAGUAUAUGGAAACGCAUGGUUGUUUAUUAUAUGUAAAAGAUUUAUUAGUUUAUAAUGGGUAAAGCAAAGGAGAAAGUAAAAAUAUAUAAGAAAAAAAAACAAAUUCCUGAGAAAAAAAUUAUCGAGGAUCUACAAUCUAAAUAUAAUGAUAUUGAUGAAACUAAAAUAACAAAGUUUAUUCAUUUGCCAUUAUCGAAUAAGACACUGAAGGGAUUAAAAGAAAAUGAUUAUGUUGAAUUAACGGAUAUUCAAAGACAAAGUAUUGGGUUGGCUCUGAAGGGUAAUGAUAUAUUAGGUGCAGCAAAAACUGGUAGUGGAAAAACAUUAGCAUUUCUUGUACCUAUAUUAGAAAUUUUAUAUUGUAAGCAAUGGACAAGAUACGAUGGUGUUGGAGCGCUUAUUAUCACACCUACGAGGGAACUUGCCUAUCAAAUAUAUGAAACAUUACGUAAGGUUGGUCGAUACCAUGAUAUAUCAGCAGGUCUGAUUAUCGGUGGAAAAGAUUUGAAAUUUGAAAAGACACGUAUGGACCAAUGUAAUAUAGUUAUAUGUACACCAGGUCGUUUACUUCAACACAUGGAUGAAAAUCCUCUCUUUAAUUGUGUCAACAUGCAGAUUUUAAUUCUCGAUGAGGCAGAUCGUUGUUUAGAUAUGGGUUUUGAAAAGACUAUGAAUUCUAUCAUUGAAAAUCUACCACAAGAGCGAAAAACGCUUUUAUUCUCAGCGACACAAACCAAAUCAGUCAAAGAUUUAGCUAGGUUAAGUUUAAAAGAUCCUAUGUACGUUUCUGUGCAUGAACAUGCUGAACAUACCACUCCUGAAGGACUUCAACAAUCUUAUAUUGUUUGCAAUUUAGAAGAAAAAAUAGCAAUGUUAUGGUCUUUCUUAAAGAGUCACUUGAAACAAAAAAUAAUCGUCUUCUUUUCUAGUUGCAAACAGGUCAAAUACGUAUACGAAUCAUUUUGUCGAUUACGACCAGGAAUUAUUUUAUUAUCUCUAUAUGGUACUCUUCAUCAACUUCGAAGAAUGGAAAUUUAUGAAUCAUUUUGUAAAAAGCAUCAUGCCGUAUUAUUUGCUACGGAUAUUGCUGCACGUGGAUUAGAUUUUCCUGCUGUAAAUUGGGUUGUCCAAAUGGACUGUCCUGAAGACGUGAAUGCAUAUAUUCAUAGGGCAGGUAGAACAGCUAGAUUUCAAGCAGGUGGAGAAUCAUUAUUAGUUUUGUUACCAUCUGAAUUGGAAAUGGUUGAACGACUUCAGGAUCGUAAAAUACCAAUAAAUAUGAUAAAAAUUAAUCCAAAUAAAUUAUAUUUGCCACAUCGCAAACUCGAAGCACUAUUGGCCCGAGAUGUACAUUUAAAAGAAAGCGCAAAAAGAGCUUUCGUGGCAUAUGUUAAAUCAGUUUUCUUAAUGAAAGACAAAAAAAUAUUUAAUGUAAAAGCUUUAAAUACCGAUGAGUAUGCCAAAUCGUUAGGUUUAGCUAUACCACCAAGAAUCCGAUUUUUACAAAAGGCGCAAAAAAAUACUUCUAAUAUAAAAAAUAAUAUAAAUAAGGAAAAUGAAGAAAAUGUAAAUUUAAAAAUACAUGAUAAUAAAGAAACAAGUAUAAAUAUUAAUUCUAACGAAUCUGAUAGCGAGGAAGACGACGAUGUAAUGAAACCUAUAGAGAAAUAUGAUAAUAGUUAUUUUAUGAAUGAUGAUAGCGACGAUGAUUUAUUGACAGUAAAGAGGAGAAAUAUAGAUAUUGAUGAUAUGUCUGACGUUGUUGAAAAUACAAAAGAUAAGAAUAAUAAGAAAAAAGCUAUUACGAAAGCUGCAAUAGCAAAAAAAAUACUUAAAAAGAAAAUUAUUCCUAAUAGUAAAAAAACUUUUGAUGACGAUGGAGAGGAAGUAAUAGAUCCAACGAAAAGCAAAGUAUCUGAAUUGGCUAAGAAAUAUGAGAAUGAAAUAGAUUCGGGUAUUGACAUUGAAAUAGCGAAACAAGUUUUACGCGAAGAAGAUCAAUUCGAUAAACGAAGAUUUAGAGACAAAAUCAAGGAAAAACAUCGCCAAGAAAAACUUAAAUUAAAAGCUCUUAAAAAGGGAAAGAAUAAAGAUACAAGCGACAACGAGGAAUUGCAGGAAGAAAAUAACGACGAAGCGAGUGAAAGUGAAGUUAGUGAACAGAAUCUUUCGUGGUUGCCAGAUCCAGAUAAAAUGUAUGGAGAACAAAACGCAGGCUCCAAUGAAAAUUCUCUAGAUAAUUCAGAAAGUGAAGAAAAUAGCAUAAUUCAUGUUCCUCCAAAGAGAAAACUAAUAGAACAAAAUGGUGGAAUUGCCAAAAAGAAACCAAAAUUAACCAAUGAAAUUAAUAAUUCCAGCUUAAAAACAGUCGAGGAAAUAGCUUUGCAACUUUUACAACGAUAAAAUGAGUUAAAAUUUUUAUAUGUAUUUAUGAUAUAAAAAAUUGUGAAGAGAAAUCGUGUUAUACAAAAUAUUUUUUUAAUUCUUUUGUCUUAUUUGUAUAGUUUAUAUAGAAUAUAAAUUACAGGAUUAUAGAAAUUACACGCUACACAUUUAUAUGUAUGUAUAAUAUUAAUACUUCAUUAAUCACUUACAUGUUUCAUUGACUUAACAAGAUUAUUUACAAAAUAUAUUUUACAUUACUUCAAUUGUAGAUUAAAAUCAGAAUACUUAAUGGCACGUUUUAUUAUUUAAAAGACAAUAAUGAAAUAUAUGAAUUAUUCAUGAUA